AUGGACGCUACUUCUCCUUCAAACUCACCCGCGCCACCCGCUCCUUCAAGCACACCCGCAGCAAUAACCGCCGCUGCAGAAGACAACGACAGCAAUACUAAUAAGAAUAAUAAUAAUAACAACAACACCACUCAUCUGCCCUCGCCCCAAGCAGUAGCGACAACGACAACAUCAGCUCCUUUGAACGGAGCAGACGCAGACACGCCCACCGCCACCGCUCUCUCUGCUGUCCCCGUCCGCAAACGCACCCUUGCGGACUACAGACUGGGAAGAACCCUUGGCGAAGGAUCCUAUUCCACGGUCGUAGCAGCGGUCGAUCUUUCUAACAGGCGUGAUUACGCCAUCAAGGUUCUGGACAAGCGACACAUCAUCCGUGAGAAGAAGGUCAAAUACGUUAACAUCGAAAAGAACACGCUCUACAAGCUGGACCAUCCAGGAGUCGUGAAACUGUACUCAACCUUUCAGGACAGCUCCAGUUUAUAUUAUGUGCUCGAGCUGUGUCAAAAUGGAGAGUUGUUGACCUAUAUCAAGAAGCUUGGAUCCUUUGACGAGAGCUGUACGCGAUUUUAUGUGGCACAGAUCUUAACUGCCGUCGAGUACGUCCACAGCCAGGGAGUUAUUCACCGUGACCUUAAGCCUGAAAAUAUUCUUCUGGAUCAUCGGAUGUACGUCAAGUUGACGGAUUUCGGGACAGCCAAGAUGUUAGAGCCGUCUGAAGACGGCACAGAGUCGGAUCGGGCCAACUCCUUUGUCGGUACCGCCGAAUAUGUUUCUCCGGAACUGCUAACCGAGAAGGCGGCUUGCAAGAGCUCUGAUCUUUGGGCGCUUGGAUGCAUCAUCUACCAGUUGCUGGCGGGGCGACCUCCAUUCAAGGGCUCGAACGAAUACCAGACGUUUCAAAAGAUUGUCAGACUCGAGUACACGUUCCCCGCAGGAUUUCCCAAGGCGGCUAUGGAUCUCGUUUCUCGCCUGCUUGUCCAUGAUCCUAACGAGCGGUUGGGAGCCAACAAUACGAUCGAUCAACUCAAGCAACAUCCAUUUUUUGACGGCGUCGAAUGGUCAGAGCUCUGGAAUCAGCCCGCCCCUAAACUCAUGCCUUAUCUCCCUCCUACACCUACCCACAACACGGAGGCUCUUCGAAGUGACCAUGAUGCCUGUCUGUGGAGCAUGAACAGGACAGGGGAAACGCUCAUGGUCGUCGACCCCUUUCGGGAACUGGGCGACAGCGGGAGCAGCGUCAAUAACAGUGGCAGGAACAGUAUCAAUGGUCAUGGAGGUCAUGAAACAGAUGAGAGCGACGGAGCACAUAUCGUGAAUGUUGGCGUCCAUGGCCCAUCUGAGUCCGCCGAGGCGACCCCAGCCUCUCAAAGCCUGACCAUUUUGCCAACAUCUGAUGAUUCGGCAACGACCACACACCCGAGCCCCAGCACAUUGCCGUCAACAGCGAAAACAGUAGGAGGUGAAUCUUUGACACCUAAUGGAGGAACAGGGCCUUCUCAGUCCACCUCACUUCCAGCGCCCGGAACCGCUCUACCAAAGUCGACUUCCGCCCCUGUUGCUGUCGGAUCCUCGACCUCGAAUGGACACGCCAAAACCAAGGGUGGGAGUCGAAAUGCGUUUGUGGCGCUUUUCUCAGGAUCGAGACAUUCAUCGGGCAAGAAGCUCUUGAGCAAGAAGGCUAAAGCCGGCGACGAGACUGCGGAGACCUCACAGCAACGACUUCAAGCCCGACAAAAUCAAAUGGAACGUUUGGUAGGCGGUGUCCGACGCGAAGGCAAUCCUCGGAAAUCCGGAGGCAUAUCUAGAGAGAACUCGAGUGUUUCGCUCGCCGUUACUGCCAACGAGAUGUCGGCGUACUCCAGACGAUCCCAGCUGGAACUUCAAGCGGAACUUUCUCCUUGGCAAAGCUUUUUGUUGCCGACCGAGCUGGUCCUUCAUCAGACCCCGAUCCUGAAGCGCAAAGGCCUCUUUUCGAGAUCCUGCAUCCUGGUUCUUACGGACUUUCCGCGUCUGCUGUACUUUGACGACUCGAACCACUACUUUUCCCAACUGUUCAACAGCAACACAAACGACGCGUUCAGCAGCUGGCAGCAGCAACAGAUGCUUCCUCAGUGGGACCCAUCAGAUCCGUUGCACGCUCACCAACAAGAACCAGGAGCGAGAAUGUCUCUGUCAAAGAAACCAUCCCUCCGUCAAGCCGUUGGGAAGAUGAGCCUGGAUCUGCCACCUCCACCACCGACCUCGCAGGAUUUGCAGACACAUCACCAGCACCAGGACCAUUUGAAUGCAGUCCACCAGCCAUUGCACCCACAUCCUAACCCACACCCCAGGAGGAACACGGGUGGAUUGGAUGGGAUUACGAGCGGAGGCGGAUUCUUGCUGACGCGCAAUGGUAGCCAUGCUCAUCGCGGCGGAGCACAGCAUCGGAGUGAGCAUACAUCACCUCUUGCGGUCGAAGGGGUUUUGUCGGAGGAAGAUGAGCAAGGGGGGGUGGUGGAUCCUCCUCAGGGAUUGUUUGGUCGGUCGCCAAGGGCCAGUUUGGAGGAUCAAGCGCAGCAGCAUCAGGACCAGCACCAGCAUAGUCCUGCGCACGCUCACUCACGACUCCAGACACCGCUGCCGGGCCACGGACAGAACAAGAUUGAUGCCGAGAAGCGUAUCUCUGGGUCAGGAUUGGAGGAUGAACACCGCGGUGAUGACAGCGGUAUGAACAAUGGCACGGCUUACAACAACAGCAACAAUGGCAGCAGUGUGACGAUGAGCAGUAGUGGCGGUGGAAGUGGUAGUGGAGGUACGACGACGAUAUUGCAGGGUAAUAAGGUGUCGUCGUCGACGACGACAUUGUCGCGGAUGGGGAUGAUCAAGGCGUCGAAGAAGCAGGCGAAGCUGCGGGGAGAGAUUCUGUUUACGGCGUCUGUUGUUUCGGAGUUGAAGGGGAAGAAGUGUUUCUUUAUCCAUACGACGAAGAAGAGCUACUACUUUGAGGAGUCGAACCAGGAGGGCGACGCGAAGACGUGGGUUCGGAUCCUUGAGCGCUCGAUGGAGGGGUGGUUUGGUGAAGGUGGCGGAGGUGGAGGCGAUAGUGACAAGGGAGGCGUAGAAGUAGCGGAGUGA